GUGUAGUGGGUAUGGAUUCCCUAGCGGCUCCUCUGAUUCGCAAAAUGCUUAUCGGUCAAAUGCUCCCCUCCGACCCUAACCGUACUCCCGUCUACGACAAUACUCGACAAAUUUGGACAGUCCAGACUGCCCAAGAUCGUCCCUCCCAACUCUGUUGGAAUCUGGUGUGGCUUCAAGGAACGGUAGUUGAUCACUCACAGCCGGAUUGCUUUGUACUCGACGAUGCAACUGGACGGGUCCUUGUGGAUUACAAAGCGGGCGAAAACCAUGACAGCUUAAAGAAGCUGCGCGUCGGUGACUAUGUGAUCGUUAUUGGUCGGUUAAUGAAAAUGCCUACGGAGUCUGCAGCUCCGCAAUCGUGGCAGGUGUCUGCAAAAACUGUCACGCUAAUCACAGAUCAGUUCACUUCUGCAAGAUCUGUGGAUUCGCAAUCGGACACAACUGAUGUUCUUGGUGCUGCGGCAGCGGCGGAACUCUCAUGGCCGCUGGAGGUGAUGGAUAUGAGUCUAGUGUACUGAACGUGAACACUUCGCUUCGCACUCAGCAGACACAGUGUUACGGUUUUUUACGUUUUUUUGAUUCAACUUCGUGGUAUUACUACACUCCGGUUUUUCCUUUGCUUUUCCGUUUCGGGGUAGUUAUUGGUGUGCGAACCUUGUUGAAGCACACUGCACACCUCAGCAUAUAUCGCACGCUGAAGUUGGCAGUUUCUUCUCUCUUUCACUCCGUACCCAUCGCCGAAUGCACCUGCUCUGUAUAACAUGACGCUAUCAGCCGCUUCUGCAAGUA